AAGGCAGUCGCAUGCGCACGGCUGCACUCCAAUAAUUAAUCUUCUAAUCCGACCUGGGCAGCUCAAGCUUGCGACCUACACCAUCAUACCCCUCAAUCCGACGUACGCAACGCUCUUCUAGAUCGCCAGCUUGCGGCAGCAGCUAGGCCUCCCGCGAUCAUGAACUUUCUUCUCAGUAAUGAAGAGAAUGAGGCUAUUGCCGCGGUCGAGGCCAUCAACGCGAUCAACAAUACGAACACCAUCCGGUCUGGACAUUCAACAUGCCUACGAUUCAAUCGAUCGGGCGACCUCUUGGCCUCCGGUAGGGUGGACGGCACAGUGGUUAUCUGGGACAUUGAAACGAUGGGCGUAGCGAGGAAGAUGCGCGGCCACCACAGAAGUAUCACUUCACUGAGUUGGUCAAGGUGUGGUCGCUAUCUGCUGUCAGCGUGCCAGGGUUGGAAAGCUGUCUUGUGGGAUUUGAAGGAUGGCAAACGGUAUCGCGAGGUCCGUUUUCGGGCUCCGGCAUACAUCGCGGAGCUCAAUCCCUUCAAUCAUCACCAGUUUGUGGCCUCAAUCUUCGAGGAGCAGCCGAUACUCGUCGAUGUGUCAGAUGUGACCGAUGUCAAAUACCCCCUAAGCUCGGCACCGAAACGCCCCGAUAUUGACGGCGAACCUACCGAGAAACAACUAAAAGACGACGCGAAACAGAUGACCACCGUCACGAUAUUUACCUCCACAGGAGAGCAUAUCCUGGCGGGAACCAACAAGGGAUGGAUCAACGUCAUUGACGCCAAGACUCUGAAGACCAUAUACUCAGAAAAGCCAUGCAGCGGUGUAAUUACAACAUUACGGCUGAACAACUCGGGGAGAGUUCUCCUGAUUAACGCCCAAGACCGCGUUGUCAGAACCUUCCAUAUUCCGAAUCUCGCAACCGAGGAUCUCGAUCUCGAUACAAUACACUUCACGGAAGAGCACAAGUUUUCAGAUCAAGUCAACAGGCUGUCAUGGAACCACGUCACCUUCAGUUCCGCCUCUGAGUACGUCGCGGCAUCAACGUAUAACAACCACGAGAUAUAUGUCUGGGACAGGGGCAUGGGCAGCACAGGCCUGAUCAGAAUUCUGGAUGGCCCCAAGGAAGAACAAGGCGUGGUUGAAUGGCACCCGGAUCGGCCCUUCAUCGCAACGUGUGGCCUUGAGACGGGAAGAAUAUACAUAUGGUCCGUCAUACCCGAGCAAAAGUGGUCCAGACUCGCGCCCGACUUUGCGCAGGUCGAGGAGAACCAAGAGUACGAGGAACUAGAGGACGAGUUCGAUAUCUACGGCCAGGAGGAGCUGCAAAAGAGACGCCUAGACGCGGAGGAUGAGGAAGUGGAUGUCGUGACAUCGACCGUUAUCAAUGGACAUAUUAGCGAUGCUGGAGCGUUCCGUAUGCCGAUACUUUUCGAUCUCGGAGAGAGCGACAGCGAGGAAGAGUUCGUUGCGGUAUCUACCGGUACCAUGCGGAGAAGGAGUCCGGGUGCGGACGGUGAGAUACCGGAUAGCGAAGUCGUGGAGGACAAGAUGCAAUCUCGCAAAGGCAGGAUUGGUGGUAAAGGUCGGAGAAGAUGAAGCAAAUAAUACCCCAAGUUGUGGAUGGCUUCUACGCUGAAAGGCUUCUGAUGAACCAUGGUUGAAGCGUGGACGCCAAAAACGCGUGACAUAGCGUUGGAUCGCGUCGCCAUGGGACGAGCUUCGUUGGUAUGCAGACCCUUGCUCGGACUUUAGCGCGAUGGGGCUUGCAGUGAUGUAAACUUGAACGAUCCAGGACUCGUUAAAGCUCUCGAAGCUGGGCGGCUGCUUAAUAAUGACGGGAAUUCGACAGCCAUUGUGGGAAAUGCCGGACUAAGCGAGGGAGUCGAGUCUCAAAAGUUCUCAGCCAUCAAGGCUUGUCAACGCCAAUGUGAUCUUUACCGCUGC